AUGCCUAUGCCAUCUUUCCUCUCAUCUAUUGCCGACAAGGCUCAGAGCGCUAUCCAAGCUUCCCCCUUGGCUGGCCAUCUGCCCUCCAGCUUGGGCCCACGUCCAGCCAGUCCAGACGAUGCAUCCCAGCCCCCUGCCAACCAAGCUGCUGCGCAGGGUGGCCAUAAGUCUCACACCCUCGAGGCCAUCUCACACCAGUUCAGAUCGUUGCAGCAGCAGUAUUCGUCCACCACCCCUGUACAGAAAAUUAUUACAGCCUCAAAGGGAGUUGCUCUCGAUUUUGACUGCGUCGCUCGCGACACAAAGGCCCAGAGCAAGGAGCUCUAUACCUGGGGUCAGAACGAGCCCGAAGAUCUGAAGGAUGUCACUGACCGAUUGGCAUAUCUGAACUUUGUCCACGGUUCCUUGGCUAGCACCCUAGCUCAGAGGCUGAACACUGCCCGUGGCCCGUUCAAAGCCCUUCGGGAUGCCGAAAGUGCUCUUCAACCCCGGCGUAACAUCAGGGCUGGGCUCCAGGCCCAGAUCUCCAAGGUCGAAAACGACCCCAAAAAGGCAGCCGACCUCAGAGAGCAAUUGAGGAAGGCGGAACUCGAAGACGCCCAGGCCGAGAAGGAGAUCGAGCUCUUGAAGCGCAAGGCAGUCCGGGAGAGCGAGCAACUCAAGUGGGAGGCCAUUCGAGAGUACGCCGAGAAACUCGUCCUACUUUCGCAAGCAUCGUUGCCCAUAACGGCGGCUUUGCCUACCCUUCCGCCUGACCAGCAACAUCCUUAUCUCGGUGGUACUGCAACCGCUGCUGCCCGAGCAUCACUCCAACGCGCAUUGGACAACUACAAGACUGGCCACAUCAACCUUCCUCCACCCGGAGCGGACCUCAGCCGAUCGGAUACUCGAAGCUUUGGCGAAAGCCAUGCCACCGAACUUUCUAAUAUCACUCCAUAUACCCCUGCUCACCACGCCCAGACUCCCCCGAUCCAAUCAACCUCCGCGCCCCCGUUCCCUGCUGCUCCUCAAGAAUCCAAGCUUUCGCCCCCUAUUGAUCCUUCAGCAUUGAACCAGGCUCCUGCACCAAUCCCAGCGGUCUCAACUCCUGUCGCCCCAGCUGUAGCUGACACCACAUCACCUGCGGAGAACACGGCUCCCGUUAUGACCCCAACUGUUGCUGAGACUGGCAUCCCUGUUGACGGCCCUCCUGGACCCUCAAAGGGAUCUCUUCACGACUUGAAACACGCCUCAUCCCAGUCAGGCGCCUUGCAGUCGCCUCCCGCAUUUCCAUCCGAAGCUUCUGUACCGACUUCCCAGCACGAAAGUGCUGAAGAGGAGAAGCGACGACUGGCCGCUGCCUAUUCCCACGCGCAAGCAGCCCCUUCCACUACCGCUGGCUCUCCUCCACCAGAGGCCUCCAAGCCUGAAAGUGCAGAAGAGGAGAAAAAGCGGCUGGAGCGAGAAGAAAGGGAAAGGAUCCUUCGAGGCGAGCAAGCGCGAAAAGACACCAACCCCGACGAAGACUUGCCUCCUUAUCAAGAACCCACUCUCCAGUGA